AUGCAUCGCGUCCUUGUUGUUGCGGUUGCUGGCUUCUUGGCAUGUGCCCUCGUGAAUGCUCAGGGCCAAUCGUCGUUUUCGCGCGACGCCACUGGUGCACUGCACAUCAACACGAGCGAUCCACUGGUCGAGCCCGUGUUUGUGAACGGGGUCCACGUGACGGCCACGCUUCGUCACCAAGAAGCCACGAUUGCCGCGCAGCGGCGCGCCAUUGACGCACAGGCUCAGGCCACUGUGCUCCAGCGCAAUGGCAUCGACAGCUUGCAGGCGCAGGCAUCCUUGCGGGAAAAGAAAAUCCGCGCACUGCAGGCAACGCUGUGUCGGCGCUACCCUCCAACCAGAACCGUGGACCAAACCACGCUCGGUGGGCUUGCUGGAACUGAGCAAGGCUUGAAGUGGGGCGGUGCCGUGCUUGCGGACAACGGCCUCAUCUACGGCAUUCCAACUGAUGCCCUUGCCGUGCUCAUCGUCGACCCAGCCACCAACACCCUUGACAACACCACGCUGGCAGGCCUGCCUCCAGGGGAUCGAAAAUGGUCCACGGGUGUGCAGGCUGCAAACGGCCUCAUCUUCGCGCUACCGUACACUGCCACCUCUGUCUUGAUCAUCGACCCAGUCACCAACACCCUGGACACAACAAGCAUCGCCAAUUUCAGCACGAGUCCAGCCAAAUGGGUGGAUGCCGUGUUGGCCCCCAACGGCAACAUCUACGGUAUGCCGAACGGGGCGUCCUCCGUCCUCAUCAUCGAUCCGGCCGCCAACAGCACAGAUAGCACGACGCUCAGCCUGCCGGACUCAGAACGUUACUCGUGGCCCGCUGGUGUGCUUGCAGGCAACGGUAAAAUCUACGGUCUACCGUUUCUUGAGACAUCCAUUCUGGUUGUGGAUCCCGAGACAAACAGCGUCGAUACCAUCGCCGUGGGAAAUGCGCACCGGUGGCAGAAUGGCGUGCUUGCUGGCAACGGCCUCAUCUACGGCAUUCCCUACACUGACGGCCCUGUCCUCAUCAUCGACCCAGCUACAAACGCCACCGACACGACGACCAUCCUCAUGCCUGCUGGGGGCGCACCCAACGUAGGCUGGUUCACUGCCGUGCUUGCAAGCAACGGUCACAUCGUUGCGCUUCCAGCCCGAUCACCGUUCAUGCUCAUCAUCGAUCCUACAACCAACACCACCAACACGUACAAGCUAUCGGGAGUAGCGGACACCCAGUACCCGUGGUAUGGUGCCGUGCUUGCAAGCAACGGACUCAUCUACGCCCUUCCUCUUCAUGCGUCUGCUGUGGGCAUCGUUGACACUGGCACAUGCUGA